AUGAGUCACAACAUGGCUCCAAUCAACUCUAACGGAAUUAUGCAAAACUACUCGACACACCCAUCAUCACCAACAUCGACUCCCUCUUCGUUGACCCCAACAUCAAUGGAGGAUCCACUCAUAAAGAAGGACGACGAGAGCGAACCAACCUCGCCAAGCAACGACACCCCAAAGAAGGCCGGAAGAAGAAAGAUAAAGAUUGAGUUCAUCGACGACAAGAGCAGAAGACAUAUAACUUUCUCAAAGAGAAAGGCCGGUAUCAUGAAGAAAGCCUACGAGCUCAGCACACUCACUGGCACUCAAGUGCUACUCCUGGUCGCCUCUGAGACUGGACACGUAUAUACAUUCGCAACAUCGAAGUUGCAACCACUCAUCACUCGUCCCGAAGGAAAGAAUCUUAUACAAUCGUGUCUGAACACUCCAGAUGCACCAACAUCACCACCCUUAAUCUCAUCCGCAAACAAUAGCAACGCCAAUAACACUACCACACCUGUAUCUCUACAAGUAGCAACCACCCCACCAAGGAUGGGACAGUCGUCGAUAUCUCAACAACAACAACACCAACAACAAUUGCAACAACAAGUCCAACAACAAGUUCAACAACAACAAGCCAACCAACUCCAACAACAAUAUUCUGACUCGCUCUUGAUGGCAGCCUACAACGAUUCGCUAUACGGCUCCAACAACGAUCAAGAGAAAGAGGACAGAAGAUCACUUGGAGGAAUGUCGAAGGAUCAGAAAGGAAACUAUAUAAACUCCCAGAAUAUGGAUAUGAUCAAUGGUUAUAACAGCGGGUAUCAGAAUGGCCACAUCAUCAACACUUUGGGUGGAUACUAUCCUACGACAAUGAACAACUCAAGAGGAUACCCGCUAAAUGGCAGCGCCUCUUCAUCUCCUGCUUCACCAACACAAUACACCUAUCCACAUUCAAUGAUUGGACAAUAUCCAUCACAACAAUAUACACCACAUCCCAAUCCCUAA